AUGUCCUUCAAAGAGCCAGAAGGCCAGCUAGCACGGUGGAUUGAAGAGCUGCAGUCCUAUGACUUCACGGUGGUCCACAGGCCUGGGUCGCAACAUGGAAACGCAGACGCGCUUUCCCGCCGGCCCUGCUACACUGACGGCUGCCGAUACUGCGAGAAAAAGGAGACCCAGGUGGGACUGCGAAAAACCUGUAAGGGAAUAAAGUAUGACACCCGUGAGGCUGUGUGCUGUGAGAAUAACCUCCAUCCAGGAGCAGGACUUUCAUGUUGUGGAAAUCAGUCCUUCAACUCAGCAGAGGCCACCUGUUGUAAAGCUGAACUCAGACAAGAAGUAAAAGCUAAUGUUACAGAGGGUCUGAGCCAGAGUGUCUCCUGUUGCUGUGGUCUGAAAGCCUACAACCCACUCAAUGAAAUAUGCUGUCAGUCAACCGUCAAAGACAAGCCUACAGCAAACGCACAGUGUUGUGGUGAAGAUGCUUUUGAUAAAGAUACACAGUUGUGUUGUGGUCUCGGUGAUAAUCAGAAGAUCCUGUUGAGAAUUUCCGAUCGCCACCAGUGCUGCGGACAUGGCCAGUUUGACCGUGUGACUCAGCACUGCUGCCUGAAGGAUGGCUCUUUAGUGAUACAUUCCAUUAACUCCAGCAAUUGUAGAGAGGAGUCAGUGUCAGCUCUCUGUGGACAGAAGACGUAUGACGAACGCAACGAACUGUGCUGUGAAUCAACUCUAGUAGCCAAACCAACACCAGCUUCCAAAUGCUGCGGUAAUGAGACAUAUGAUGAAGACAACCAGUUGUGUUGUGGUCUUAAUGAAAAGAAGCGCCUGAAGAGAAUGUCCAGUAACCACGAGUGUUGUGGACAGAAGGGCCAGUACGACAAAAUGACUCAGCGCUGCUGUUUGGUGGAUGACGCUUUAAAGAUACGACCUAUUAAUUCCACAUGCUCUGAGGAAUUGUCGAUGUCAGCUCUCUGUGGACAGAAGACGUAUGACGAACGCAACGAACUGUGCUGUGAAUCAACUCUAGUAGCCAAACCAACACCAGCUUCCAAAUGCUGCGGUAAUGAGACAUAUGAUGAAGACAACCAGUUGUGUUGUGGUCUUAAUGAAAAGAAGCGCCUGAAGAGAAUGUCCAGUAACCACGAGUGUUGUGGACAGAAGGGCCAGUACGACAAAAUGACUCAGCGCUGCUGUUUGGUGGAUGACGCUUUAAAGAUACGACCUAUUAAUUCCACAUGCUCUGAGGAAUUGUCGAGUGCGUAUGAAUAA